GUUCCGUUUGCUGCAGCCGUUCGACUUCUUCUCUUUCGUCUGCCGUAGUCAAGUAAAACAUUCAGCCUUUUUCCACGGGGCAAGAGACACACUUGUGACUAAGUGUCAAGCUGCAUUUGCUUCCAGCGAUGUCAGGUUGCUCAACUGUCCACUUAACUCUACCGCAAUGGGACGGGGGCUCACGGAAAAUUCGCUUUAUUUACUUGGUGAAUCUGACAUCGUUUAGACUGACAGAGUGUCCCCCCAAGGGUCCAGUGAUUCCUCUGUAUUUAGGAGCCGAUGUCUUCUCCAGCACUGAUAUCCGUACAGAGAACCAUCCAAGAUACCACGCCAAGUUCGCCAAGAAAGGACUGGCCACAAAAAUACAUUUUUCCUCAGCAUUCAGGUUUCAAGGGUUGAAGGUACCUACUGCAAAUAACAGCCUCUGGUUCUACAGCAUCCAAGGACUUUUUCGAGUAGCCUUUGAAAUGUACAGUAAGCAAGAGCAGCUUGCUGUGCUAGAUAACUUCCAGGAGGUUUGGAAAUCGCAGAUAAAUGACAGCCCCCUGAAGAUGAGUUACACCCUCAGUGUGCAGCUCGACUUUGCAGUGUCCAGCAGCGUAUGUGAUACAGAAUCCAGAAAGGAAAUGUCCCAACCUCAGCAUUGCCAGGUUGGCAGGGAAUUUGUUGAUGUAUGUCGCAGUGACGCAGGUGAUACAUCAGCAGAUCAUGAUUAUUGCUCUUUUCCUAGGAAGAGCUUGCAAACUGAACAAAGUCAACUAGUUUUAUCCACAGUGAGACAAAAAUUGCGCAGCUUGGAUGACAAACUCUCUACAGAGACUCAGAGCCACACAGAACAACUGGAAACUAUCCUACUGCUGUUGGAGAACAUUUAUCAGUACAUAAGUGGGAAUCUAGAAGAAAAGGAUGUGACGGAAACUGUGUUAGCCCUGCUAAAGGCCAAAGACUGGGGCUCUGUGUAUUCAAGUUCCCUGCUUAGUUGUGUAGGACGGUGGCUGGGCCAGCAGUUUCAUGCAGCCAACUGCAGCAUUAGUCAGAGAGUGGAGGGCUUUAAAGUUCAUCAUAUUGAGCGAAUAAGUGACCUGCCUCCUGCUGAGGAACUAGCUGCAGAACUAUUCCCAGAAGCCAUGCAAACACUGCUGCUUCAUUGGAUGGGCUUAAGUGAGGAGUCCACCCUGGAGAAGAGACACAGUGAAUACCCAAUCCUGCUCCUUAUCCUCGAGUUUGCCAACCACAACCUCAUCACUGGUGUGGCUCAUGUGCUGUACUCCAGUCUUAUAUGUAAAUAAGUGUAUUUCCAUGUAGGCGUCAACAGAGAGACAUGGAAUCUAACUCAACUUCCAGUAUUUUGAUAAAUGUGUAUUUUUUGUAAACGUGUAUUUUGUACGUGAAGUUGUACUUUCUUCUUUUGGAAAUCCUCUUUCCUGCUGCACGUACUAUUUCGUCAGGUUUCGUAAAAACUAGGGCUGGGCGACGAUUCAAUAUGGUUGGUCUACUUCCCGUUAAAACAUGUUUAUAUAUUAUCAUUUUAUACUAUUGUUUUACAAAUGUACAAUAUAAUGAAUAACAGUUAACCACAAUUAAUUUAACUUAACAUCAAUUUGAUUCCAAAUGAUUUUGCAUUCAUUUGUUAUACAAUAUAAAUUUAUAUUAGAAGAUUAUUUUUGAUCUUGUUAAUUUUAUCCACACUGCCCAGCCCUUGCAACAGCACUAACUUUAUUUGAACAAAAAUGUAAUGACCCACAUAAACAU